UAAGACCAUGCGCAUCGGGGUAUUUAGUGAGGUUCACGGGCUCGAGUUCUAAGGCCCGGGUGAUUAAAAUGAAAUAUAAAAUGGGUUUGUUUCGAUGAAGCGGGCCUUGCGCUUGAUCCGGUAUCAAGCGGUUUUAGCCACGUGUCAGUUGUUUACUUGAUGAAAGAUUUCGCGUAGAGGGGGAGGAAAGAAGGGUUUCCCCGUGUCUCUCCUCAUUUUCUCUUCUCGGAAAAAAAACCAGGGUUUGUGUGUGAGAGGCGAUUUUACGAGCGACGCCGAGUCUCUGAGUUGUUUGUGUGUGAAUCGACGACAGACUGUCUUCUCGACGACCUGAGAUGGAUCCCGCAGCAGAGAGAAGUCAUUCAAAGAAGCAAAAGGACUACGUCAACAUGCUAUCAUACACUUGCGAUUCUGAAUAUGGCAUUCCGAGAAGGUGUGCCUGUGGUGGGAGAAUCAUAGACGAGGUUCGAGUGAAGCAGGAGUACGAUACUCAACCCGGGAAGCGGUUCUUCACCUGUGCCAACUACGAGGCUGAUGGGUUUCACUACCGUCAGCCUUGGGUGAUUGGUGUCCAGGAGCAGAUCGAAAGCUUGACUAAGCGUCUGGAGGAGGCUGAGCAGCUGUUGAAUUUGAUUCCGAGUCUCAAAAACCAGAUUGAGACACUGGAGGCACAGGCUAGCGGGCUCACUCGGCAGGUUGAUCGCCUAACUGCGGAGGUUUAUAACUUGACGGUGCAAGUAGCUGACCUGGAGAAGCUCUGCUUCGAGUAACAAGCGAAGGUCACGGGUUGGAAGGGCAGGGUGUUGCAGGUCACGGGUCUGAAGGUUGCAGGUGAGGGUCAAGGAUGUAGGACUUUAUGUCAGUUUUUAAUCACGGAUGUAAAAUAGGAUGUACUAUGUGUAGGACUUGUCUUUUGCUGUUGAUUCGCUGAUGUAAAAUAUGUUGAUUCACGGAUGUUUUAAACUCUGCCUUCUCUAUAUAAACUAUGUCUUUCAGUUUGGUUUAAAAAUGUGUCUCAUUUCUCUUCUCCAUGUGUGUCUUUUAUUCUUACAACUGAGCAAAGCACACAAAGAAUCUGUCUCAUUUCUCUUCUCCAGUCUCUUCUCUACUCUAGUCACUUCUCUUCUCUUGUCUCUCACUUCUCUUCUCCAGUCUCUUCUCUACUCUAGUCUCUUCUCUUCUCUUGUCUCUCUAUUCUCUUCUCAUCGCAACAAACUGUGAGGUAAAGGGAAGUGAACGUGGUGAUCGUGGUGCUCAACCACUACUAGAGUAAGAGAAUUCAACAACAAACAACAGCUCCAAAUCAAGGUAAGUGUGAUAAUGCAACAAGAAUGUAGAUUAUAAAAAAAAUCUAAUAUAAUGUGAAAAAGAAUGUAGAUUAUGAAAAUGAUGAUAUAAUAAUGAAAAAAAUAUAGCUUAUGCAAAAUAUGAUAGAGUAAUGAAAUAAAAAUAGAAUUUAAAAAAAAAUCUAAUAUAAUGUGAAAAAGAAUGUAGAUUAUGAAAAUGAUGAUAUAAUAAUGAAAAAAAUAUAGCUUAUGCAAAAUAUGAUAGAGUAAUGAAAUAAAAAUAGAAUUUAAAAAAAAAUCUAAUAUAAUGUGAAAAAGAAUGUAGAUUAUGAAAAUGAUGAUAGUUACAAAUCCCCUUUUGCCAUUUUUGUCAUUUUAGGAUAAAAAACAAAAAUGUCUUCCUCAUCAAGUGAUGAAGUUGAUGAAGCUUUAGAAGAAAUGGUUGACCAAGUAGUUGAUAAUUUCAUCGACUCAGUGAUUCAUGCUCACCCCAACAAGCACAAAAGACGGGCUUAUAUCGAAAGAGAUCGGGAACAAGGACACAAUCGGCUAUGGAACGAUUAUUUCAAGGAAAAUCCUACAUAUCCACCGGAAAUGUUUAGGAGGCGUUUUCGAAUGAACAAGCCUUUGUUCCUCCACAUUGUCGAACGUGUAAGUAAUGAAGUUCCAUACUUUCAGCAAAGACGGGAUGCUUGCGGAAGGAAUGGGCUAUCUGCACUUCAAAAGUGUACCGCAGCUAUACGUAUGCUGGCAUAUGGUCAAUCGGGAGAUACAUAUGACGAAUAUCUCAGACUUGGUGACAGUACAUCACGUUUGUGUUUGGCAAAUUUCACUGAUGCAAUAAUAGAAUUGUUUGGAAAUGAGUAUCUACGAAAACCUACAGCCGAGGAUCUUCAACGCUUACUCGAUGUUGGAGAGGUACGGGGGUUUCCGGGGAUGAUAGGCAGCAUCGACUGCAUGCAUUGGGAGUGGAAAAACUGUCCAACGGCUUGGAAAGGUCAGUUCACACGGGGUUCAGGAAAGCCGACAAUUGUCUUAGAAGCCGUGGCAUCACAAGAUCUUUGGAUAUGGCACGCAUUUUUCGGCUUACCAGGUACACUCAACGAUAUCAAUGUUCUCGAUCGGUCACCGGUUUUUGAUGACAUCUUACAUGGUCGAGCACCUAAAGUUAAGUUCAAGGUCAACAACCACACUUAUCGUAUGGCCUACUAUCUUACUGACGGAAUUUAUCCAAACUGGUCAACAUUUAUCCAAUCCAUCCCACUUCCUCAAGGUCCUAAAGCCGAGAAAUUUGCACAAAAGCAAGAAUCCGCCAGAAAAGAUGUCGAACGGGCUUUUGGAGUAUUGCAGUCGAGGUUUGCAAUUGUUAAAAACCCAGCUCUACAAUGGGACAAGGAAAAGAUAGGAAAGAUAAUGAGAACUUGUGUCAUAUUGCACAAUAUGAUUGUAGAGAACGAACGACACGGAUACGCUCAAAUAAAUACUUCUGAGUUCGAAUCAGGAGAGUCAAGCAGAAGUUCAAAGGUGACAACCAGAGAAAGUAUUCAUGCCGGUGAUAUGUUAGCCAUGCGCAGAGAAGUCCGAGAUCAAGAGAAGCAUGCUCGUUUGAAAGCUGAUUUAAUGGAAAAUAUUUGGCAAAAGUUUGGUGAUGAAGAUGAAUAAACUUUGUUUGUUUUUCUAUUUCUCAAUUUAUGUAAUCUAAUCUUUUAAUGUAUUGAAUAAAUAGUUUUCAAAAAUUUAAUAAUAUUUUAAAUAUUUUAUUCUUGUUUUCUGGAUAAUUUGAAUAUUAAAAAAAAAUAUAUAUAUUAUUAUUUUAUUGUUAUGAACUCAUACUUCAGGUUCACCAAUGCAGAAAAAAACAAUUACAGGUUCAUAACUAUUCAUGGACCCACAAAAAAAUAUUAAAAUAAACUUGUGAACCCCAAAGAGGGGUUCACCAAUGCUCAUGCUCUAAGCAUCUCUAUCUAUCUAUCUUCUUUCUGUUUUCCUUUUUGUUACGUCACUUCCCCAACAUGUGCCCUUCAUUUGAUUUCACUAUCAAUCUUGCAUCUUCGCAUCUUCGCAUCUAUUUUCCCUUUUCUUUUCCCUUUUUUUAUAAUCAAGAUUUGGAACUUGGAAUAACUUACCUAUAUAUAUUAAUUUAACUUUGGAAUUUGUAGUCAUCAUGUGAUUUAGUGGUCAAAUUAAUAUGAAUAUAGUGAAAAUUGACGAACCGUGUCUAAACUAUCGCUACACCAAGAUGCGAUCGAGACACAUGUUGUCAAUUUAACAUGCUUUCUUACUGUUAUGAUUAUGGUCGUAAUUAUAGCUAAGACAAGUACGCGAGGAAAUCCAAGCAAGAUAUUCGUGUUAGAGAUAUGAAUAGCUGAAUAACAACGUCUUUUUUCUCAUCAAACGGCUGUUGAAUAGCAACUUUAAGUGACUCCUUAUAUAGUUAUAUUUAAUUUUUAAUGGAUUUAAGUAAAUCAAGAGGCUAACUGAAACUCCCUUUUGUUAUUUAUUUCAGGAUUCUAUUUAUUUUGUGUAAUUGGACGGAACAGAAAAGACUAGAAUCUAGAUAAUGAAUUUAUCAAAAUGCCGAAUUUGAUUCCAAUAUUAAUGGACUACCACGUCCGAACUAUAUAUAGUUAACAUUUAUUUCUUAUUAUAUUUUGGUGUGGUCUCACGCCACUAAUAAUAAGCUACUAGAUUUUGAUCCGCGCGUCUGGGUGUAUAUUUUGAAAAAUAUAUUGAUAUUUAUUUUUAUGUAAUUAUUAGGGUUUUACAAAAUUAAUCCAAACAACAGAACCAAUACCGAUCCGAAAAUAUAGUACCAAAUCCGAACAUAAAUUAAUUAAAUAUUCAAAUUAUUCAAAAUUUUGUUAUUUAGAGAACCAAAUCUGAUCCGAACCGAAGUAUCCGGGUUCCCGAAUUUAUCUA